AUGGCAGUACCGACACGGAGCCUACGGCAUUUGUCCUCCGUGAGAGCGACUUUCUGUCCGUCCUCAUCCUCUAUCCUCCCCAUCGGCCACCGCACCUACGCAACAACCGAUGCCUCAUCUGCCACCAACACACCUGCGGGAACCACCCGACGACCGGCAACGACAUUCAAGGAUAAGUUGAAUGCAGGACCUUCCUUCGCAGAUUUUGUGUCAGGGGGUAAGGAAGAACCCCUUGACCCCUCCGAGGCCUAUGCCCUCAAGACGGCCAUGGUUGGACCCGCCGGUCGCAAGAAGGAAAUGACUCGUCUGCCUUCGUGGCUGAAGACGCCUAUCCCGGACUCGAAAAACUACCAACGACUGAAGAAGGAUCUGCGUGGAUUGAAUCUACACACUGUCUGUGAGGAGGCUCGUUGCCCCAAUAUCUCCGACUGCUGGGGUGGCAGUGAUAAAUCCGCCGCCACUGCGACUAUCAUGCUCAUGGGUGACACCUGCACACGCGGCUGCCGCUUCUGCAGUGUCAAGACCAACCGCGCCCCUCCGCCGCUAGAUCCGCAUGAGCCCGAGAAUACCGCGGAGGCUAUCUCGCGCUGGGGACUUGGAUAUGUGGUCUUGACGAGUGUGGACCGAGACGACCUUGCGGACGGUGGAGCUCGCCAUUUCGCCGAGACGGUUAUCAAAAUCAAACAGAAGGCACCGAACAUUCUGGUUGAGUGUUUGACUGGCGACUACUGGGGUAAUCUGGAAAUGGUCGGCGUCGUGGCACGAUCUGGUCUGGAUGUGUAUGCUCACAACGUAGAGACCGUCGAGGCUCUUACACCGCACGUCCGUGAUCGCCGCGCCACUUUCCAGCAGUCGCUGCGCGUUUUGGACGCGGCGAAGAAAGCCCGUCCGGAUCUUAUCACUAAGACCUCGCUUAUGCUCGGCUUCGGUGAGACGGAUGAGCAGCUUGAAGACGCCCUCCGACAACUCCGUGCUGUUGAUGUUGACGUUGUUACCUUCGGCCAGUACAUGCGUCCUAGUAAGCGCCACAUGGCUGUUCACGAAUACGUGACCCCGGAUCGCUUCGAGUUCUGGCGUCAGCGUGCGCUUGACUUGGGCUUCCUGUACUGUGCCUCUGGUCCCCUGGUCCGCAGCAGUUACAAGGCCGGUGAGGCUUUCAUCGAGAACGUGCUGAAGAAGCGCCGUGCCGGCUCUGGAGCCGCUGAGCGCACCGUCGAUCAGACUCUGGCUACUGCUGAUGGUGUCACCCGGUGA